CCCCAAAGGUUGAAAUAUGCCUUGGAUCAUACAUCAUAGAUCCUAAUUUCUCUUUUUAUGUUUCAGGGUGCACCAGGAAAAUCUGGUGAAGGUGGAACACAAGGGUCACCAGGGCCCCCUGGCUCACCGGUAAUUGAUACAAUCAAUAAAUAUUGAAUGCAAUCUUAACCAUUUAUUGAAUACAAUCAUAAUCAUUAAUUGAAUAUAAUCAAUAAAUCAUUGGGAUCAAGAUCAGAGAGAAAUAUAUUCGUGCGUGACACACGAGAUACUACGUUACCCUUGACAUAGUUGUACAUGUUUUCAUUUCUAGGGUAACCCAGGUCGGGACGGACCUGGAGGCGAACCUGGACCCCCUGGAGCGCCAGGACCAAGCAUUGACAUUGUAAGUAAAAAGGAAACUGGCAUGUAAAUAGACUAAAUAAAAUAUUAAAAUGGAAAAUGUUUCAUCCAUACAAUAAAUCUUGAAGAUGGAUGGCGAAAUUUCGAUAUUUGAAAGGUUUUUGAAUCAAGGCAUAAAUUUUUACCAGUUUUCAUAUAAGUCCAUCGAGAAUAUAAUAGACUCCUUUGCGGGUAAGAUAUAUCACAUCAAGGCAUAAAUUAGCUACAAUCAAUUUUCACUUGUUUUCUCAGGACAUGGGCAGACUAGCUGGGGCAUGGCGUGGAUCUAGUGAUGGCAAAGGACCUUCACCAGCAUCAAUCAGAGACAUCUUCAGUCGUCUACCAUCUGGACCAGGCCCACGAGGUCCCCCAGGCAAACCUGGUAAACCUGGAGCUCAGGUUAGGAAAUACCAUAUGAGUACCAUCAAGAUACCAUCAUCGUUAUGACUUUCAUCUUACCAAUAUAACCACUCGCCACCAUCCAUGCUUUCAGCAUUAUCAUCAUCAUACCAACAAUCACUACCAUCAUUAUCACUAUCAUCACCACCCUAACACCACCAUGAACAGCACAAUCAUGAUCACCACCACCAUCGCAACUAUCACAACCACCAUCGUCACCAUAACUCCCACAGUCAUCAUUAUCAUCACCAUCAACACCAUCAUCACCUCGAUCAGAAGCACCGUCGUCAUCAUCACCAUGACAUCAUCAUCACUAUCAUUACCACCAUCACUGCCACCAAACUACCACAGUCAUCAUCAAACCACCACAAUCAACACCCACCUCACCAGCAGACUUUAGUUCCACCAUCAUCACAUGACCACCACAAUCAUCACAUGACCAUCCCAAAUACCAAAAUUAUUAACCAUUCCUUUUUCUCGUAUGUAGGGAUACUCAGGACCAUCUGGACCACCAGGUCCACCUGGGGCAAAUGGAGAAAUGGUAAAAAUACACUGCCAAUUUUGAAAUGAACAUGUCUUUCACCGUGUUAAUAGGUUUACUUCUAUCAUUCUCAACAUUUCAUCUUAGGGACCACCUGGUACCAAUGGACCACGAGGCCCAUCUGGACGACCUGGACCACCCGUAAGUACUCGUAAUUUGUCUUAAUACGUGAUUAAUGUUAAUCCCUUCCAGUUAACACUGGAAGUUUGGGAGCUGUCCAAAAGCUUUGCUCCAUAAAAUGUACAGAUGUUAGGUGCAGCGUUAUUUUGGCAUUGCAUUUGCAUUGCCCAUUUUCCGCACAUCACUGCUGCUCAAUUUGUUGUUUUUUGGUGCAAAUAUGGCACAUACGUACCCCAACAACAAGUGACGUCCCAUACCCCAACAUAAGUGAAGUCACAUAAACCAAGUGAAGUCUCACACCGACAAGUGAAGCUGUAUCAAAUUUAAUGUAGUGAUUAUUUAAUGGAAAACACACACAAAGUAAGAUUAUUUGCCUUAUGAAAUAUUCUCAUUGUUAAUGUUCCUACUAUGUUUAUUUCAGGGAAAACGUGGUAAUGAUGGCCCUGCCGGAUCUCAAGGUCCACCUGGACCUAAGGUACGGCCACACCAAACCAUCAAACUAACUUAUACAUUCCUACACUUGUGAACUGCAUCAACUCUCGUAUUUCAAUCCAAACUGGUACACUAUCAAUCAUUUCUACAAUGCUCUAUUUGUUUAAUUAAGCACAGUUUAUAGUACAUCCUCAAUUUUACAACUUUACAUCUUUGCCAAAUAGGGUGGCCGAGGUUACGAUGGAAUGCAGGGAAUGCCAGGUUCGAAAGGUCACAAGGUAAGGCUUCAAUGUUUUAAAACGGCAAACGGUACUUCUGUUAGAUGUAGUCGAAAAACGAGCCAAAAAUAAUUUCUAAAUGUCCCAACCCGAAAUCAAAACAAGGAUUCUGAUUUAAUAUUUUGGAUUGCUUCAGUUUUUAAUUCACGAAAAACCUACGUUUUCUGUAAACAGUGAAAAUAAUAUAGUGCAAACUUAAAUUGUUUUGAAAAACGUUAUCAGGACCGUAGCGAGCGGGGGGGGGGGGUGUAACACCCCCCUGAUAAUUGGACAUAUGGGCAAUUUCAGGUAAAUUCAGGUAGAUUUGUAGAAGAAAUUCAGGUAAAUUAACGCAAAUUCAGGUAAAUGCUAGGACAAGAGAAAGUUGAUUUACAAAAAAUAACUGUGAAUUUGGGAAAAAAUGAGGGUAAAUUUACAAAAAUUUUAGAAUAUUCUAUAAAUUUUCGGAAUUUUAGAAAAAAAAUUCCGCUAAACAGGGAAAAUUUGUGAUGUCCGGAAAAAGUUUUUAUGUCGCGAAAAAUUUUGACAUGUCCGGAAAUUUUUUUGUUACUUUCAGGUAGGAUCACCUGAAGCGUGUUCUUCACGACGGCACUGAACGUUAUAUUGUUUUUGAAAAAUGUUUUUUCAUUGCGUUAGUAUGUGAUAUGCGUCAUUUCUACUCUUUUAGGGUGAUACGGGAGCACAGGGAGGCCCAGGUGAAAAAGGCGAACAAGGAGAAAGGGUAAAAAAAUGAUCCAAAAAGCUUGAAAAUGUUCAUUUUGAAAAUUUGCUUGAAAAUAAUCUUUUAUUUUCUUUACCAGGGAGAUAACGGAGAACAAGGACCACGUGGAACACCCGGAGAACGAGUAUGUCACAAUCAUCACAUAAAUUCACAUUCGUUGUUAGUUGUUACCGCGAUCUGUGCGAAGGCCCGUGUUUACACUUGCAAUUUGUGCUGCUCUUUGUAAUGCAAUUCUGCUUCUUCUGAUGCAUGUGAACGAGUAGAUGAGUUAUGAAUGUUCUGAGUAUACGUCCCUUCAUCUCAACAUUCAUAACUCAUUCACAUCAGAAGAAGAUCUCGGCGAAAAUUAGGGGUGCACCGGAACCAGUUUUUUAAGUUCCGGCCGGAACCGGAUCCGACCGGAAGUGGGAAAAAUUUAUUAAAGUGCCUAUGCGACAAUUUUUUUUAUGAUUGAAUUGCAAAGUUCAUUUAAAAUUAUAAUAUAACUUGUUUUUUAAAACUUUGUAAUCUUUUCCUAUUUGUCAAGAUUUUCGACUUUGUUUGAUAUACAAAUGUGACUUAAAUGACGUCACACUGCAUAAUGUGUUUUACAGAAGACUGUGUUGUAGCUUGUUAAAAUUCUCAUUAUCUCAAUUUUACAGACGAAAUGAUCGCUUUGAUAGCUCUUAAAGUAUAUCACUUUCAAUGUCAGUGGAAUUAUUACAUGUUUGGCAAGGAAACGUUUUCUUUCUAAAAACUCAUUAUGCAGUGUGACGUCAUUCAAGUCACAUUUGUAUAUCAAACAAAGUCGAAAAUCUUGACAUACAGGAGAGAAUACAAAGUUUUAGAAAACAAGUUAUAUUAUGAUUUUACAUGAACUUUGCAAUUCAUUCAUAAAAAAAAUUGUCGCAUAGGCACUUUAAGCCAUAUAUAGUCGUAUGUUACUUUGUCCGCUGCCAGACAGGCAGACACUUCAAGUCAUCAAGGAGAGAGCUCGCAAAUGUUAGAAUAAAAAGAUUGACAAGCGUUAAACGUCAUCAUGAAGUGUUAAUAGUGUACAUUUCCCUUGCGUAGUCCUAAUUUCUUCCUACUGUGACCUUUUGUUAAACACAAAAACGUUUGAUAUUCUAUCUCUCUGAAAACGGCAGAGUUCCGGUUCCGGCCAUGCUUUUUUUACUAGUUCCGGCCGGAACCGGAACUCUAUAUAUAUAUAUAUAUAUAUAUAUAUAUAUAUAUGAACUCGGCCGGAACCGGAACCGGAACCGAGUUCCGGUGCACCCCUAGCGAAAAUUGCAAUUGUAAAGGGGCCUUAAAACACCACGGUUAAGCAGUUGUACAGUAAUUGCUUUAAAUAGAAAGACAAUCUUAACAUUAAAGAACUCUGCAUUCUUUUACAGGGUAACCCAGGAGAACCAGGCAUGCGAGGUCCCCCCGGGCUUCGUGGACAAACUGUAAGUACUUUUAUCACUUUAUCUCAUUCUUUCCUCAUUCUUUUACACAAAACUAAACUAUUUUUUAAACUGGAUAGCUCUAACAAUUUAAAACUGAUGAGGUAAUAUUUAUAUUUUAUGGUAAAAUCAUCUUCAUUUUAGGGCCCACCUGGUGAGCGAGGAAACAUAGGACCACGAGGGCCACAGGUACGACACAGUCUUGUAAAUAAAUUUCAGGAAAAAUGACGGAAUAAAAAGUGAAAGUAAUUAGAGUGAAAAACGCAAAAAUAAACCGUCGUAAAAUCUACCCGUUCGAAAGUACGCAAAAACAUAUAUAAUCACAGGUUUACGCAUUCUGCGCGUGUUAAAUUUAACGUCCAUAACAGAUAAAUGACAAUUGGACCUUUGAAUGGAUUCCCAAUUUGUUCUAAUCUUGUCAACAAAUUUAGUCGAGGGGCUCUGAAAUCGUGGAUUCGAUUCUCGCUAUGGACUCAUGUGAAAAGAGUCACACAGUUAUUAAAGGGUAUGAGCAACAAAACAUUUUAUUGCUUCAUCUGAAAGAGCAUGAAAAAAAAUAAGCCGAUUGGCCGUUUACUGCUCUAUUCUAUCUCAUCUGGUUCCGAAGUUAUACGCAAAAAUGUGUAAAAUAUAAAUUGCUGAUUCAGCACAAUGUGUGACGUCAGAAGAUGGGUAAGUAUGUUUAUUGAAUAGUAAACUGAAGCAUAGCUCAGUUAUUAUUGGCUCAAAUCAAAUGAAAUUUUGCAUACAGAUAGUACAUGAUAAGACGCAUGGGCAAAUACUUCUAAUUUUGUUGUCAAGGCAACACAGUCGUUCCCAGGCCCCUUACACUGAUUUUGAAUAACUAGUUGCAUUUAUCUAUGUGUAUGUCAUUUUCGAAUUAUUAUCAUGCAAGUAAACGUUUGUCAUGCAUAGGUAUGGUACACAUACUUCUGAUAUUAUUUUAUUCUUAUAAGUACCAUGAAUAAAGCUGUUUUAUAAAAUUGGCGCAAGGGGCCUGGGAAUGACAUUGUUACCUUGGCAACAAAAUUAGAAGUGUUUUUCAAUGCGUCUCAUCAUGUACAAUCAGUAUCCAAAAUUUCAUUUGAUUUGGGCCCAUAAUAACCGAGCUAUGCUUCAGUUUAGUAUUCAUUAAACAUACUUACCCAGCUAAUGACGUCACACGUUGUGCUGAAUCAGCAAUUUAUAUUUUGCACAUUUUUGCGUAUAACUUCGGAACUAGAUGAGAUAGAAUAGAGCAUUAAACGGCCAAUCGGCUUAUUUUUUCAUGCUCUUUCAGAUGAAACAAUAAAAUUUUUUGUUGCUCAUACCCUUUAAGAAAGUAAUAUCACAAUUGACCACUUGCGUAAUAGACUAAAUUUUGUUCUCAUCAAAAAUUUCAUCACAGCUUGAAAGAGCAUCACAAAAUUAGUAAUAUUCCAAAGUUUCGUUGCGAAAUGUUGUAAAAUGCAGAAAAUAUAGCCUUGCAAAGUUUGCAAUUUUCAGUCAUUUUAGAUUACAAACGGGAAAUUGACAGCCCCAAACCCUUUGAGGCUGUCAAUUUCCCGUUUGUAAUCUAAAAUGACUGAAAAUUGCAAACUUUGCAAGGCUAUAUUUUCCUCAUUUUACAACAUUUCGCAACGAAACUUUGGAGAAUAUUACUAAUUUUGUGAUGCUCUUUCAAGCUGUGAUGAAAUUUUUGUCUAGACUUGUUUAGAUCAAAAUUUAGUCUAUUACGCAAAUGGUCAAUUAAUUGUUGUAAAGAUAAAUAGUCUAGGCUAAGUAUGUAAUUCGGGUAAGUGUAACACUUGAUAUAAAGCGCAUUUCGUCAUAUCUACUGUAUGUAAAUUUGCGCUAUAGAAAUGUUAGUAGUUAUAAUCAUAUCUAUCUCUUUUCUAGGGUGACCCUGGUGUGAACGGUAAUCCUGGAAGCACAGGUAUCCGAGGACCUCCGGUAAGUGACGGUGUAUUUGAACUAAGUCUUUAUAACCGAGUAUUUUGGACUAUCUAACUAUUUCUUUCCUAUCUUCACAAGGGACCACCGGGAUCUCAAGGGGCAACUGGAGGCUCAGGAGAUAAGGUAUGAUAAUGAGAAGAUUAUUGAUUGUUCUAAGAAUGAUGUUUCUAACCUUUGCGUAUUCUUGUAGGGUGAACAAGGCAAAUCGGGUAUGCCUGGCUUCCCUGGAACAGACGGCACUCCUGUAAGUAGAAUGAAGAUGUUAGAAAAUUGACCUGCACAACAGGUCUGCAAACAAGUUGUUACAAAUGUGUUCACAAGCUGUCAACAAGUUGUGUUCACACUGCUUGUUCCCAGUUGUUGUGACAAGUUUGGAACAAGCUGUUAACAACUUUAACAAGUUGUUCCAUACUUGUUGACAACUAGACUGCGAACACAACUUGUUGACGGCUCGUUGGCAGACUUGCUACAAGAUGCGAGAUUUUUACGUGUGUAACAGAGAAUGGAAUUCAGUUAAGUGUGAGAAUGAAGUUGUUUGUUGGUGUUCAAGUUUAACUUUUAACACUCUAGGGUCUUCCUGGAUCCGAGGGUCCUUCCGGUUCAAAAGGAGAUACAGUAAGUUCUAUUUAAUCAUUUUACCAACAAUUUAUCCUUGAGAAGUAAAACAAUUAUGUAUGUUCCAUAAUAAUGAUUCAUUCCCUUAUCCUAGGGUCCACCUGGUCAAGCGGGUCCUUCUGGUUACCCUGGUCCACCAGGCCAAAAGGUACUGAUCUGGUACAGGUUAGGCCAACCAACGCACACACAACUCGCAAAUACUUCACUAACAAGCUGUUGUUAACUCUGCCAAGAUAACGUCUGUUGUUAACUCUGCCAAGAUAACGAGGUCUGUGACCACGAUAACGUAAAAAUUAUCAAACAUAUUAAUACGAAAAUUUGUGCGACUAAUGGACAUUACCCAAGGAGAAAUUGAUUAAAUUUUGGUUAAAUUUGGAAUUAAAAUUGAAUAAGAAAUGAGCAAAAGUUUGUCUUGCUUUGCUUUGCCGGACAGAGUAAACACAAUGCGUAGUUAGCCUAUUGUAUAAUUUAUGCAUGAUACAUAACUUAAUUUGCUGGCAGAGAUCUAUAGUCCCCAAGUGCCUUCUAGUACAGUAAUACAGUGUUUUUGAUAAUGGACUAAACAUUCAUUUAGGGUUCAGGUGGAACACGUGGCUCAACGGGAACCAAAGGAGAACCGGUAUGAAAGUCAAUCAUGUAAAUUUUUGUUCCCACCAAACUUAAUAACAGAAUAAGAAUGUACAUUCCAUUCUGUGCUGUUAGGAUGAACUAGGUGUAUUUACCUACACAUGAUGUUAUUUAGGGUGAACCAGGUAUUGGUGGAGAUAAGGGAGAUCAAGGUGCCAAGGGUGAUCAGGUAAUUACUCAUAAUUGCUAUUCUAAUUAAUUAAUGAUUAAUUAGAUUGUUAAUUAAAGUAAUAAAUUACACUUUAAUGCAUUUCUAGGGAGUGGCAGGAAACUCGGGUCUCCCAGGUCCUGAUGGUGCCGAAGGAAGGAAGGUCAGUGAAUCUAAAAAUCAUUACAAAAUCACCACUUGUUUUAAAUAAGAUUGUUUUUCAGAAGUUCCUUAUAGGUUUGCAGUGCUAUUUGUGUGCAGGGUAUUCAGUCCCUCGCACGGCAUCUUCAAUCACCUUCAUCAGUGCGAUCAGUGAAAACAAUAUUUCGUCUAUUUUAUACCAAAAUUGUCAUUAUUCCACCAUGUCAUUUAGGGUAUUCAAGGUGUAUCUGGACCACCGGGUCCACCUGGAAGCCCAGGAUCAAAGGUAAGGAAUCCGUUAUGUUUAACAUGUAAUAUGCUUAAUGGGUGUAUAUUUGAGCCCUGAAACAGUUAUGCUUAGCAAAAUACUUAAUGCAAUAUACUUAAUUUUUGGGUAUCAAUCGCGUAUUGUUUUUUUUUUGAAUAUUUGACUUAAGUGGGAUCAUUGAACUGAGAUCAACUAAACCAAUAAUUAAGACAAUGGCUGUCAACGCAUGGAAUAUUUGACUUAUUUCACUUGGAAUAUUUGACUUGGAAUAUUUGACUUAACUGGGAUCAUUGAACUGAGAUCGACUAAACCAAUAAUUAAGAAAGAAAAUGGCUGUCUUGACGAAGGGUUUUCUGCUUAUUUUUUAAGGUAGUAAUAUAACCACUCAGCACAGCAUGUCAACGCAUUCUAUAUAACUGAGUUCUCCACGGCCUUUAUAUAAACCAAUAUAAAACAAUACAAUAUAAUAAAAGUCGUCCUUUACCCUUGACACAGGACCCUUAACCCCACCUGCGGUCAUAUAAAACCUGAGAAUGGAGGUAUAUGACCAGGGUACUCUGGUCCUGACACAAAGGGCUCGCCCUCAUGAAUGAGGUGCCAACAUUUUUUACUCCCUAUUGUCUUUUUUGCUCAAUCGAUUUUAUGUGAACGAUGCUCAACAUUUUCGUACACUUUUGUUGUGUAGGGUGAUCGUGGUGAGCGGGGUUUACCAGGUUACACUGGACCACCUGGCUUGAAGGGUUCAAAUGGUGCGCGAGGUUAUCCUGGAAGACGGGGAGAGAAAGGUUCAAGGGUAAGAUUGUUUUUCGAUGAAGUUAUCACUGGGAAAACGUAUUCUCCAAUCAUAGUUUAUUAAGAUAUGAUGGUCUGGAAACUGAAUAGAAGUCAUUGUUUGAUUUUUUGUCUGAGUUUAUGUUAAUUUGUGCACGGUCACGGUGAUUGAGCUCAUUGUAUUUUCGUAUAUUGAAGUAAUCGUCUAAUAGGGAUAGCUGAGAUGAAACGUGCAGCCACGAUGAAUAAUAUUUAAGGUUACAGGACACCCUUUUUGGCGUUAUGUGGAAAAUCGCUACUGCGCGCUCAAAAUCAGUCCGAUUUUCAUCAAAUUUUCACCAAAUGUUAGCCAGUGCAUGCAAAAUAUGAUAAAGUUGUAAAAUUGACAAACAGUGAAAUAAUGUAAGAAUUAUUCAGGAAAAUCUUAAGUCGGGGUACCUUUGCGCUUUUGAGUUAUAUUCCUGCUGGUUUUAAGUUAUAUUUAUGAAAAUAUCAUUUUUAUACAGUAAAAUAGUUGUUCUAAAAACUUGUGUUCGGAAAUUUUUGUUUAUUUCAUCAUUCCGCUGAUAUGGCGAUUUCUUUGACGACUGCAAUAUAUUUCUGAAUCGUUUGUGUGAAUUGCUCGUUAUUAUUAAAAUAUCCAAAAUUAGAACAAAGCCGAACACAAUUUUGAAACUGACGUCUUUAGCUAUGUCCUGUGAAAAUUUGAGAAAAAUUCGUUAAAACCCGCAGGAGCACAACUCGUUUAAAAAUCAGUAAUUGCCGUAAAAUUCUUCGGGAGAAAAUUGAAUUUGAAUGUUACAUUUUCAAUGUUUUUCUUAUUGCAAGUGAAAUGUAUUUUAUUAAAUAACUCUGCGAGUUUUCAACAUUUUCCGUCCAAACUUGGUCAGAUAGUAGAACUAAUCUAAUGCUUUCAUGGAAACUGAUAAAAAAUUUUUAGGCAAAAUUAACACCCAAAGGUGUUCUGUAACCUUAAUGAAGUCGAGACAAAGGAUUUGGUGAGGUACUAAUUUCAACAAACAAAGGUCUUCUAUUUUGUGGCUUUGAAGUUUGCCGGGUUUCCAGACAUCAUAUUUUUACAGACUAUGCUCCAAUCAAUGCAAGACUGACGAAAAGAACGAGUCGAACAGAAGCUUUAGACGAUGCAAGACUUGUAUAAGUUGCAGUGGAACAGUGAAUGAACACUGCAUUUUUGCAUUGUCAUAAGAGAUUGGAAUAAAUAUUUUGUCUUGUUUUUUUCUUCAGGGAAGCAGUGGUCCAACUGGACAGCCUGGAGCCAGAGGACGAAGAGUAUGUACUUCAUGUUGUACUUAUGGCAAAAUAGACUAAUCUAAACUGCAUUAGACCACAUUCAAAUUCAUUCGAAUUCAAAUUCAUUCUUUCUCCACCUUCGUUAUUUAGGGUCCAAGUGGAGAACGGGGCUCACCUGGUUCACCAGGAUCAUCAGGGGCUAAGGUAAGGAUAUCAGGGGCUAAGGUAAGGAUCAUCAGGGGCUAAGGUAUGGAUCAUCAGGGGCUAAGGUAAGGAUCAUCAGGGGCUAAGGUAAGGAUCAUCAGGGGCUAAGGUAUGGAUCAUCAGGGGCUAAUGUAACGAUCAUCAGGGGCUAAGGUAAGGAUCGUCAGGGGCUAAGGUAAGGAUCAUCAGGUGCUAAGGUAACGAUCAUCAGG